UUUUGCAUGUGAUGCUGUCGCAAUGCGCAGGUUGUGACCUAGUAGAUCUAUUUGAUCCAUUAUGUUUAACUUUGGGUGUCGUAUAUUUGUAGAAUAUAUUAGUUCCCCACAUGAUGCAGAUUUUUCGAUAUUAGCCCUCUAUACCUUGAAUCUUUAUCUCUUCAUAUAGACUAUCAAUCUCUUACUAGAAAAGCAUUCACCACAAUCCUCCGUAACAAAUUGGUUGACCUGACCUUUAGAGAAAUAUUAACUCCUGAAAUUGAUCUUUAUGAUUGCAUUAUGUUUAACUCGGGGUGUUGUAUAUUUGUAGAAUAUAGUAGUUCCCAACAUGAUGCAGAUUUUUCAAUAUUAGCUUUCCAUACCCUGAAGUCCUCCUUUUCUCUUCAUAGACUAUCUCUGACUAGUAAAGGAUUUACCACAAUUCUCCCUAGCAGACCGUUUCACCAGAUGACAAACCACACACAAUUGUGAAUAGCCUAAACAUUAUCCUGAAUAUAUCUACCUAGCAAAAGCCAGACUGAAAAGUACCUACAUAAAUGUAGCAGAAUUUUGUUAAAUCUCCAUGCCCUGAUUCUGAUAUAAUUGAAGAUGUCAGUACUUGUUUUCCAUAAUGUCGCUCAAGUUGUUGUUGCGAUAGCCUACUGUGUGGUUGCAGUUGAAGCUGCUGGCAGGCAACUUCCAAUUGCAUUUUUGGAGCGAGUCAAGGAAGACUUCAACAAGCGAUAUGGUGGAGGGAAAGCUGCAACAGCUGUUGCCAACGGAUUGAACAAAGAGUUUGGAUCCAAAUUGAAAGAGCAUAUGCAGUAUUGUGUGGAUCAUCCUGAAGAAAUUAGUAAGCUAGCAAAAGUGAAGGCUCAGGUUUCUGAAGUCAAGGGUGUUAUGAUGGAGAAUAUUGAAAAGGUCCUUGAUCGAGGUGAGAAGAUUGAGCUGCUGGUGGAUAAAACUGAGAACCUUCGCUCACAGGCGCAAGAUUUUAGACAGCAGGGAACUAAAAUGAGAAGAAAGAUGUGGUUUCAGAACAUGAAGAUAAAGUUGAUUGUUUUGGGUAUAAUCAUCGCAUUGAUUCUCAUCAUAAUCUUAUCUGUAUGCCAUGGCUUCAACUGCUAAUGUGCUGUGGAUUUACCUGCAUUUCUGAAUCUCUUGUCUUGGGAAGUUGUUAUGCCUUUGCGUUGGAUAGUCCACUCGUAGACAUCUCCUCUGGGGGGACGUAUAAUCUAGGAUUACAUUUCUCUUCAAGGAUCUGGGUUUUGUAUUUUGGAGUGACUGUAUAGCUUAUAAUGCUUUGACUUGAGUGGAUUAAAUUUCUCUAUGCUUUAUGAUGAGGAUUUUUUGUUAUGUAAUUAGAGUAUGAUGUCUGUAGGAUUGCCAGUCCAGAAUGAUUCUUCAUAAUUUUUUGUUUUCCUGUCGUCUGACAUCGGUUUUCUCUACUUAUUUCGU